CAUCAACGACACCAAGAACAACACCGUUUUCGGACAACUCAACUGCGUAAUUAACUCUUUUUACUUCCAUAACCGCAAGCCUCUCACAAUGCCUGGCUCUUCCCUUUGGCUUCUGCCUCCACUGACGCAUCCCCUCUACUCCAUCCUCACGAAGCUCAUCAGUUCGACCCUCCCCUCCAAGUGCCCCUCCGAAGCUGCAUCAUCUCCUAAAGUCAAACCGCACUACUUCUCCCCCCACAUGACCCUGACCAGUGAUAUCCCUCCCUCUGUGUACGCGUCCGACCCACAAGCAUGGCUCGACUCGAUCCCCUUCCCUUCUGCCGAACACGUCAAGGUCCGUUUCUGCAAGGUGAAGAGUCAGGAUGUUUUCUAUAGGCGGUGUUACAUAUCUGUCGGGUACGAGGGCGUCAAAUACCUUGCGGGGAUUUCGAGGGCGAGGGGAGUGUUUGGGGAAGAGGACGAACGGGGCGAGAAGACGAAGGAAUGGUUGGAGUGGUGGAGGAAGCAGUUUGGGCCGCAUGUUAGCUUGAUGUACGGUGAUGUACCGAUUACUGAGGAGAAAAUGAGAGAGGUAAGUCGAAUAAUUGUGGAUGCCGGGGUCGCUUUGCCGGAUGAUGGACAGGCUGCGAGCGGAGAGAGAGGGAUGUACGAUGGCUGGGAUGGUGGUGUGGUAUGGCUGGUUCCAUCGGAUGGGCCGAUUCAGGAGUGGAAGCCAAUCGCAGUGAGAGAAUUAUAGUGCGGGUGUAGAAGGCCAGCUGGGGAAGUGGACGAUUCAUCUAAUAUAGGAUCUAAAGAAAUCUUCGUACAGGGCUAUCCACGAUAGCUCUAAUCACUGUCUCUUGUCAUAUCCAAGUCUUUCCUUAUCUACAUAUCUAACUUCCCGGGUUUCUCACCUUUCC